GAGCAGGGAGGCGGCUCCGGCGCGGACCUUGGAGAGCCCAGUCGUCCGCCCGCUGGCCAGCCUCGAUCCCCGCGGCCCGCCGAGGCUCGGAGCCAUCCAGCGACCCGGCGAGUGGCCUCAGGCCCCGCCAUGGGGAAGACCAACAGCAAGCUGGCCCCCGAGGUGCUGGAGGACCUGGUUCAGAACACGGAGUUCAGCGAGCAGGAGCUGAAGCAGUGGUACAAGGGCUUCCUGAAGGACUGCCCCAGCGGCAUCCUCAACCUGGAGGAGUUCCAGCAGCUCUACAUCAAGUUCUUUCCCUACGGCGACGCCUCCAAGUUCGCGCAGCACGCUUUCCGCACCUUCGACAAGAACGGCGACGGCACCAUCGACUUCCGGGAGUUCAUCUGCGCUCUUUCGGUCACCUCCCGCGGCAGCUUUGAGCAGAAACUCAACUGGGCCUUCGAGAUGUACGACCUGGACGGCGACGGCCGCAUCACGCGCCUGGAGAUGCUGGAGAUCAUUGAGGCUAUCUACAAGAUGGUGGGCACCGUGAUCAUGAUGCGCAUGAACCAGGAUGGGCUCACGCCCCAGCAGCGUGUGGACAAGAUCUUCAAGAAGAUGGACCAGGAUAAGGAUGACCAGAUUACACUGGAGGAGUUCAAGGAGGCGGCCAAGAGUGACCCAUCCAUUGUGUUGCUGCUGCAGUGUGACAUGCAGAAGUAGACGCUGGUGAGGGGCAGGGCCCCUGGCCAGGAGGGGCAUGGCCACUUCCCAACCUGAUGACCUCUCUGGCUGGCCUUCCCUGGGGGAGGGGCACUCCAGCCUCACUCUCUGGCCCACCCACUCCUCUGCCCAAUAGCCCUUUCUCCCCUCAGUCAAGAUCCUUGAGGGACCACCUCACCUUGCAAAAGAGACAGGUCCUCAGAUAUCCUGUCAUCUAGCCCCACCCCCAGCCUUGGCCCAGAACCAACAUCCACUGGGCAUAGGGGAGUUGGCUUUCGCCCUAAGAGGCAGGGUUAAGGAGGGAGGCUGGGGUCCUGCUUUGAAAUUCUGUCAUUCCUGGGAUUGUGCUUUAUGGAAUGUGGUCCCACAGGCCUAUCACAAGGCCAAAUUGGGUCUGUCCUUUCUGGAGAACCCACAUCCCUUAAAGGUGGUCUCUGCCCUGUCCCCUCAACUCUACCUGGCCCCUGUGGCCUCAGCCUUUGGAGCUUUCAUUUGUUCUUUCUUCAGCUAAUGUUUAUUGAGCUCAUGUUCAAUGCCAGGCAUCUCUAAGUGCCAAGGGGGUGGUAGUUUACAAGACACAUUCCAUGCCCUCUGGAAGCUCUCAGGGUAGUGAGGCAAACUUCCCGUGGUUGGGGUCUCAGGCUGAGAUGUCAAGCAUAGCUGAGCAGAGGGUGCUGCAAGGCUGCUUAGUUUGAGAGGAGCUAUCACGUCUUCCAGCUGGGCUCCACACAGAGCUGCAGAAGGAUGGAAUGAAAAGCAUUUGGAUGUUUAGGAGCUGUGUGAAUGGAAGUCUUAAGAAAAAUGAAAUUUAUGUAAUACCUAUUUUUUUAGAACCCUUUGAAAGAGCUAAAGUCAUUUUAUUAGUUUAGGAUGUUAAAAUGUACUCUAUAUUACUUGGUUUCUUAUAAAAUGAUUAAAUGAAUAGAGAAAAUGCUAAUUUUCAGGGGAAAAAAGCUGAGAACAAAAGAGGGAAAAUACCACCAAAUUUACCAGAUAACAUUUUUUCUUAUCAGGCUAAGUCCUGAGCUGUCACCAUCAGCAGUUUUUGCUGCUUCUGCUGCUUUCUUUUCAUGACCUUUUUCAAUUCAACCAACAACUCUA